ACGCCGGGAGACCAGGAAUACAGCGGAAUACUUGAAGCCCUCAGAUUGAAAAACGGUCGAAACUUGGCCUUCUCGUGUUAGUAUUGCUCUGUUCGGAGUUUUCAUCAACGAACUAUUCUCAAGAAAGACCGCAUCCGCGACGGUGCGCUUUUAUUAGAGCGGUCGAGCGUGGAGAGAUCUGAUUGGACGAUGAUGGCCGAUUUCAAAUGAAGGCGUGUGCUUCAUAAUACAAAGAUGAGCAAGAAGCCAAGUGUCUCUUAUAAGCUUAGCCCGAACGAAGAGGCAGCUGUCCUUCGCUCCCAGCGGGAAGAACGACGCAAAGCUCGACUUGUUCAGGUUCGUGAGCAAGAGAAAGAGGCUGCAAGAAGAGCCAGGGAUGCAGAGAGAGAAAAGAGGGAGAGAGAGAAGAGACUGCUCCAAGACAACAUUCAGUCCCAUCUGCAGGCCUCUCAUGCUGCAGAACUGGCAGCGGUUGAGCAGAGGUAUACCUCAGCCUCCAGACACAUUGGACUAGGUCACCGACAGGCCCAGAUAGUCCAGCAGGAAGAGAGAAGACUUCAUGAACUGAGGCUACUGUUGGCUGCCAAACAGAGAGAGAGGGCGAGGGACAGACAUGCUGUGGCUUUGAAGGAGGAGUUGUCUCGGCAGCAGGAGAGGAGGGGGGAGAAGGGAAGACAGGUGGAGAGGUUGAGACUGACUAGAGAACAGGAGGGGAAGAGAGACAGAGAGAAUGCCUCCCAAUUCCCUACCCAUCCGCCCAUCAUUAUGGAUUUGGUUGCAGGGAAAGGUCGGAGGGUGAGACUUCAGGAAGUGGAGGGAUACUCGUCCUCAUACUACCACCUCCCGUCCUGCAUUGUGCAGAGAGCUGCCUCCUUGGAGAAACUGGGGCCUGAUGCCCAGCAGAUGGCAGAAUUGAUGAGUGAAGAGAUGCAGACUCUGGACAAGCAAUACUCUGCAGUUCAUGAGGAACAGAAGGAGCUGGCCAGACUCAGAUACAUGCAUGCUCUCAAUAAAGUCAAGAUGGAGAAGGAAAGGAAGACACUAAUGGACCAGUUGAAGGUGUUAGAGAGGGAGGACAGAGCUCUCAGACAGAAAGCCAUUUCCACCAUUCCAAACAAUAUGUACCAGCCACUAGAGCAGAGGAUGGCCGUUGCUAGGGAGCAACAGAGGGAUAUGGAGCAAGCGUUCGAGAGGCUGUUUGUUUCAACUCAUGGGGUAAGCACUCGCCCACAUCUGCUCCAUAUUGCACACCCCUCCCCACCUGUCCCCACCUCCACACAUCACGAGGAGACACCCACCAGUCAAACAACUGCUGAUGAUUCAAUUCUAGAACAUUCGACAGCAAUCGUUAGCUGUGAAACCCCUGAUUCACAGACCAGUGGAACGGUUCACGUGUCUAUUCCGACUGCCCUACCCUUGGAAAAUGACUCCAGCCACACUUCAGAGCUAUCUUUCUCUGAACUGAAGUUGUCUGUUUCUGAACUAACUCUUUCUGAAGUUUCCCCACAGCCACCUCCAAUACAUCUCAAACCGUCUGAAGCAUUCACUGCACAUCCAGAGUCACUUUCAACGCAGCCAGAGGCACUUUCAACAGAGCAAGAACCAACUUUUACACAGACAAACACACCAAUGCCAAGAGAGCCAGAUCUUGGACCAAUAUCAAGAGAUCCAGAGCUUAUUUCUACCGACUCAGCCAGGCCAGAUCUCGCCAGGACAAAGCGUGGUAAUGUGCCCACGACAUCAGGGGCGAGGCGACUGGUGAAAAUGGUGCAGACCCAGCAGCAGGCCUGGACACAGAGACUGGCUGAGAGGAAGAAUCCCGUUGAAGACGUCCAGACAAAACCACUGACUCUCCACCCAUCUCCUCCUCCUCUCUGUGAUCUGUCUUCUCACUCUCUCACUCCUGCACCUGGACCACUUACUCCAGCCACACCUGGGAAGACACCCAACAGGGCAGCAGCCGGUCUGACACUCGCAGUGGUCAGUUGUGCAAGUCCUGGCCCCUCUCCUCCCUCGACCACUGAUAUUCCUGUCUCCCAGCCACCAUUUCUCCCCCCAUCAGGGCCUCACGUAACUCCUGCCCCUCUCCCUCGUCCAGAUCUCUCUCUACUCACUGCAGACAGUGACUUUGUACCACAGGACAGCACCACCAGCCAAUGAUCCAGCUCUCAGCCUGGACACAACUCCAACUCUCCGCCUCCCAACUGAUGUCAGGAGUGAGUCAGAAGAACCUCCACUUGUUGCAACAACCACCUCACAUAAGCUGGUUCUGGCCCCUCCUCUCUCUCCAUCUUCUCUACAAACUGCUCCCUCUUUCUCCCUCCCCUCCACAUCCACUGCCAGUUUACAGGACAGCACCACCAGUCUCAACAAUGAUCCAGCUCUCAGCCUGGACACAACUCCAACUCUCCGCCUCCCAACUGAUGUCAGGAGUGAGUCAGAAGAACCUCCACUUGUUGCAACAACCACCUCACAUAAGCUGGUUCUGGCCCCUCCUCUCUCUCCAUCUUCUCUACAAACUGCUCCCUCUUUCUCCCUCCCCUCCACAUCCACUGCCAGUUUACAGGAGGCCUUCUUGAGACGAAAGAUGAAUUUUGUCAAAGAGUCUCAGAGAAGGUUGGAUGAGCUGAAGAGCAACGCUAGAGAGAGACAGGCCCAGUCUUCCCUCAAACUGUGCAGCCAGCGUUCCUCUCCCUCCCGCCACUCUCCCAGACCUCCAAGCAGCAGUGGUGUUGGGAAGGAGAACAUGAGACGAGUUGUAACAUUCUGUAGUCCAGUGCUCUGCUCUUCACACACUCCAAACCUCUUCAGCCCUCCUCCAGUCCCAGUCAAAGGCAAAGCUACUCCACCACAUCUCUCUCAAAGGAGGCGGAAAAUCAGUUCAAGAGAGAUGAAAGAGAGAAAUGUAAGAUUUUACAGUCGACUGCCUGAAGUCCAUCAGAAGAAAUUAGAGGAGAAAAGAUCAGCAGCAUACGAGUCAAAUAGACAGAAAGCAAAAGCCUACCAGCAGCAGCAAGUGAGGGCCAAGUUGCAGAAGAAAACUAUAAAAAUUGACAAAACUCUCAAAAGACCUCCUUUCAAGUGAAUUUACUAAGUGACAUUAUAACAACCCGCGACAGCGCAUGCGCAAUGAACAUAUGCGCAGUGGGGGUGACAACAUAACAACAACCUGUGCAUGCGCAAUGACCAUGCACAGUGAAGCAGUGAGAAAAAUGUGUGGAAGUUUAGAGUGUAGAGCAAUGAUGCACAAACGCAUAAUAUUAUUGAAACAUGAAAAUGUGCAGAAAAACACAAACCAGUG